UUUGAACACACAUGCAAGACUUAUUUUGUGGGUCUUGCAAGCCCUGACUGAGUGCAGUUCAAGCAUAGUUACUUGAUUUCAACGUUUCUAUGAGGACCUUACCCGAAUUGUCACAGUGACACGCCGUGCGAAUGAGUUAAUCCGUCUGUCUAAUUUCUGUUCGCUUGUUUGUUGUUCACUUUUAAUUUAUUUGUUGUGACUAUCUGUGGGAGUAUUUGAUCAGCGGCAAUAUUAUGUCAAAUCUCCGGCCUAGACUUUGUGUUUUAGGAAAGGGGUUGAAUGGCUACGGCUUUCAUCUGCACGGUGAGAAAGGGAAAACCGGACAGUUUAUCCGACUCGUAGAACCAGACUCUCCCGCCGCUGCCACCGGUCUCUUCGCCGGGGACCUACUGACGUUCGUUAACGGGGACAGCGUGGAGGGCGAGAGCCACCAGCAGGUCGUUGCCCGGAUACGAGCCACAGUGGGUAGCCUCGAGCUGAUCGUGGUAGACGCUAAAACGGCGGAGGUACUAAAUAAGCACAGCUUAAAGUGCCGUAAAGAGUAUGUCACGGAGGGCAUCCCGUUACCAGGGGAAGCAGCGAAAAGCAACGGGACCUCGAGAGAGACGACCCUUACACCGACAGAGAACGGAAACCUCUCCCUACAGAGGCUGAGUGUCAACACCAAGGAAUCGAAGGCAGAGCUGCGUCCUCGUCUGUGCUCGCUGAAGAAGGGUGCGACGGGCUAUGGCUUCAACCUGCACAGUGAGAAGUCUAAACCAGGCCAGUACAUCAGGGCUGUGGACGAGGACUCUCCUGCUGACAAGGCUGGCCUCAAACCCCAGGACAAGAUAUUACAGGUUAACAGUAUGUCAGUAGUAGGGAUGCAGCACAGUGAGGUGGUAGCAGCCAUUAAGGCCGGGGGAGAUGAGACCAGUCUACUGGUGGUGGAUUGUGAGGCAGAGGCUUUCUUCAACAGCUGCGACAUCAUUCCUACUGAGGCCCACCUCACAGGACCUCUUCCUGAACCUGUGUCGGAUGGAGGAGCAGAAGAGGAGGUGGGGGUAAAGCCUAAGGUGUCCGUCAGUUCGUCUACAUCCAGCGCUUCCUCCACUGGCUCUCUACCAACAGCAACUGCCAGCACCCCUCCACCAGAGGUACAAUUCCAGGUGGUUCCGGCUAAGGAGUCUGAUGCAGGCCUAGCCCUCAGCAUGUCUCUAGCCCAGGCCAAGGAGAGGGCUCACCAGAAACGUUCAGCCAAGAAAGUCCCUGCCAUGGACUGGCGCAAGAGGAAUGAACUCUUCAGUAACCUAUAAACCACUUAUUUCCUUCCUCCUUUUUGUCAACCUUUUGCUCUCUCCAAACGUACGCAUACACACACACACACACACACACACACACACACACACACACACACACACACACACACACGUCAAAGUGUUAUUGGUUGUGAUUUCACGAUUUUCAUCAUGUGUUAAUUUAGGGGUUUUCCACUCCUGAAUAAGAAACAAUGUAAUUAACAAUUAGAAGUUGGAAAAACAAUCUACAUUUGACCUCUAGUAGAGUAAGAUGAUGACAAAAUAAGAGAUUAUGGGAUGCAGGGAAAAUGAUAAAGGAAUAAACAUUGCUAGAAAGUG